AUGUCUGCGGAAGCAGGGAGUUCAAAGGCAGGGAAGAUUUGGGGCUCAAGUUUUGACAGCUACAACUCUGAACUACAGAGCUCUGUGCUUCAAGCAACGAAGCUCGCCGUCGGCUUGCCUGCCGACGUAAACUUCUUUCGGACUGUCGACAACAACUUUGCUCAGGCAAUCGACUCUUGUUCUAGGAAGGCACUCGCACUCACAAACAACUUAUUGGAACUCGCAGAAGCACACAACUCGACCUCUUCCCGUAUAAAAGGCAAAAAGAAGUUAGGGAAUCAGGAGGAUGUUGUGGACGGGUUUGGAUCUUUGGUGGUGGAUGUGCUAGACCAACUUUUCGAACGGGCCGACACAAGCUUGGAUGACUACAUGGGUCAUACAAAGCCGGCUGCAAUAUCCGUUAAGCCACCUCCCGCAGCGUCGACCUUUACCUCAAGUACACGACAGGGUCGAUUGGAUCCAUCACUUUUGCAUGCUGCGUAUCUUCCGAAGCCUCAGCUUAAGUUCAGGAGGAGAAUCAAUAGCGCACAAUCCAGCUGGUCGCCAAAUCUGAGGCAUAAGUACAAUGCUCAAGUGCCGUUGGGCUACGUGUUUCACGACACAGACGUCAUAGAAGGGGAUUCUUGCCUCGGUGAAGGGACAUCCCAAAGUUUUCACCCCUAUCGUUAUGAAAUCAAGCACAUCACAUAUUCUCGACAAAUGUUUGAGCAUAGACACCCUAUUCGGCCAUCCUCGUUUGAGAACACUCCAUUCACAUGGAUAGACUCCAAAGAGCAGCUAGACCUCCUGCUGGAUCAAUUGCGUCAUGUCCAGGAAAUUGCUGUUGACCUUGAGCAUCACAGCUACCGCUCGUUUUCUGGGUUUCUUUGCCUCAUGCAAAUCAGUACCCGCGAAGAAGACUUCAUCAUUGACACAUUAGCGCUCAGAGAAGAACUGGAAGAACUGAAUGAGAUCUUCACAGAUCCAAAGAUCGUAAAGGUCCUCCACGGCGCUGACAGUGACGUCGUCUGGUUACAACAGGAUUUUAAUAUCUACAUUGUAAACCUCUUCGAUACCUACCAUGCGUCAAAGUUACUGGACUUCCCAAAGCACGGAUUAGGCGCGUUGCUCGAAAUGUAUUGCGACUUUGUUCCCGAUAAACGAUACCAGCUAGCCGACUGGCGUAUCCGGCCGUUGCCAGAUGAAAUGAUGAAAUAUGCACGCUCAGAUACUCACUUCUUGCUGUAUAUCUAUGAUAAUUUGCGUAAUGCACUCUUGGACCGUGCGCGAGGACAACCGGACUUGGUUCGUUCGGCACUAAGUCGCUCGGAGGAUACCGCUUUGCGCAUUUAUGAACCCGAAUUUUAUGACUUGGAAAAUGGGACUGGACCUGGUGGUUGGAACACACUUUCGCUGAAAUGGGGCCGUGCUUUGUCUGGCACACAACACACUGUAUUUCGUGCUGCUCAUGCAUGGCGUGAUGCCCUUGCACGAAAAGAGGAUGAAAGUACGCGCUAUGUGAUGCCGAAUCAUUAUCUAUUCCAAUUGGCGGAAAGGCCGCCGACGGAUAUGGCUAAUUUGUUGUCUAUAUUUCGUCCUGUUCCACCGCUGGUUCGAACACAAGCAGCCAGCUUGCUCGAAGUCAUUCGCACUGCUGUUAAAGAGGUGCCAUCGAUAGCAGAAACGAGAGGCGAAUGCGUGAAAACUCAGAACCGCGUAGUUGAUGACGCAAAUUCGCAAAUCAGGAGCAAACAUAACACCACAGUGAACAGCGAAAAUGCCUCCACGAGCUCCGCGAAGACCUGUGUUGACAUAUGGACAAGGAAGUCAGGAGGUCUUUCCGCAUCGUCCUCGUCCUUGCUUGGUUCUACUUUAGCCAGGACGGCGUCUCAAGUCGAAGAUCUGUCAGUUACGCGAAGUGCACUCUUUCCUAAGGGCUGGACUCCGACCAAGACUGCAAAGAGAGUUCUACAUGGUGCUUCGAUAAGAUAUCGAGAAGCUGUGUCUCGCAUUCACAGUGCUCUGGUUGUAGCACCGAUCAUGCCAGCUGCCCUAAUCGCUAUUCCAGGGUCAGGGAACUUGAAGGCCUCUGUUAAUGUAGACAUCAACGUAGCAUCUGUUCCAAAUCAAGAACAGACCAGAGCCUCUGCCGUACCUGCAAACGAGCAACAGCCCCAUACCCUUAUUGCUGGGGUCGAAGCGUCUGAUACAAUUCUAACAACCGGACGUACUCGAGAAAGGAAAGGAAAACGUUCCAGGAACCCGACCACCGCUGAUGAACAAGACAAAGCGAAUCAAGUGAAGAAAGCACGAGUCCAAAUGACGAGUGUGAAUGGAGACAAUGAAGCAAUUGAGACAAAACCUGACGAGUUUGACUAUGCUUCCGCGCCGAACCUUCUGGAUGAGCAUAUCAAAGAUCAGCCUGUCUUACUGAAACCUCAAAAAGGAAACACAUCAAAAGGACGUCGCGCGUUCGAGUAUGGAAAUUUCCCAGCACCUCCGCGAGCGUACAAUGAAGUGAAGGGUGCCAAUAUGUCUCAUACAUUCAAGGGACGAUAA